GGGCCGAGCGGCGCCGCUGCAGCUCUGGCGGGGCCGGCCGCCCGCGGCCCGGCUCCUCGCCCGCUUCCCCUGGGCCGGUGGAGUAGGUCUGCUUUCCAGGCUCCUGCACCAAGGAGGAGUGAGGGAAGGAAACACAUACAGCCCUUUGUUAACGAUAGUCGUUCUCCAAAGGGUUGUGAGUUUUGUGCCCUCUCAGCUUGGUCGGGUAUGCUAAACAUAAUGCUGAAUGUGCUGGAUGUGUUGCUGAUAAUGGUGCCUGUCUUCAGGAUCCCCUGCUUGGAAAAAUUUUGAGGAUUGUUGUGCAGAGCAAUGGACUUGGACCUCUAUGCCAGCAUGCAGGUUGGGAUGCGGGUAGUCCGUGGAGUGGACUGGAAGUGGGGCAGCCAGGACAGCGGUGAAGGGAACGUCGGGACUGUAGUUGAGAUUGGUCGGACAGGCAGCCCAACCACGCCAGAUAAAACUGUGGUAGUACAGUGGGAUCAGGGCAACAGAACAAAUUAUCGAACUGGAUUCCAAGGAGCUUAUGACCUUCUUCUGUAUGAUAAUGCACAAAUCGGUGUCCGUCACCCUAACAUCAUUUGCGACUGUUGCAAAAAGCAUGGGAUUCGGGGAAUGCGGUGGAAAUGCAAAAUGUGCUUUGAUUAUGACUUGUGCACACAGUGUUACAUGAACAACAAGCAUGAUCUGUCUCACCCCUUUGAGCGCUAUGAAACAGCACACUCACAGCCAGUCCUAGUGAGUCCCCGACAGAAUUUGACUCGUAUCACAUUAAAAGGGACUUUCCAAGGGGCUAAAGUAGUCCGUGGCCCAGACUGGGAGUGGGGUAACCAAGAUGGUGGUGAAGGCAAAACUGGACGUGUGGUUGAUAUUCGAGGCUGGGAUAUAGAGACCGGACGUAGUGUGGCCAGCGUCACGUGGUCUGAUGGUACCACGAAUGUCUACAGAGUUGGACACAAGGGGAAAGUGGACCUGAAAUGUGUUGUGGAGGCACCUGGUGGCUUUUACUACAAAGAACAUCUCCCAAAAUUAGGAAAACCAGCUGAAUUGCAGAAGAAAGAAAGCACAAACAGGCAUCCAUUCCAGCAUGGGGACAAAGUGAAAUGCCUGCUGGACAUUGACAUCUUGCGGGAGAUGCAAGAGGGCCAUGGUGGCUGGAAUCCUAAAAUGGCUGAGUUCAUUGGCCAGACAGGGACUGUACACAGAAUCACGGACAGAGGGGAUGUAAGGGUCCAGUUCAACAGUGAAACUCGCUGGACUUUCCACCCUGGAGCUCUGACUAAGCUCAACACUUUUUGGGUUGGUGAUGUUGUCCGUGUGAUAGAUGAUAUGGAAACAGUGAAGCGAUUCCAAUCUGGUCAUGGGGAGUGGACAGAUGAAAUGACACCUACACUAGGGCACAUCGGCAAAGUGAUCAAAGUAUAUGGGGAUGGAGACCUGCGAGUGUCAGUUGGAGGACAGUCCUGGACGUUUAACCCAGCUUGUCUGACAGCCUAUCAGAGAGAUGAGGAAGCAAACCUUAUGACAACUGAGAACACAAAGGAAUCAAAAAGUACUUUGAUCACUGUUCUGGAGAAACUGCUGUCCCAGAAGACAGAGUCAGACUAUGCAGGGUGCUUGGUCAUUUGGGCAGCACUCAACAAUGCAGUUAAAGUUCGGGAGCUUCUUCUGAAGUACCCAGACAAGGUCGACACAAAGAAUCAAGGCAGAACUGCCCUGCAAAUUGCUUCCUAUCAGGGGCAUCUGGAUGUGGUGAAGAUUUUACUACAGGCACACGCCACUGUCAACCUAAGGGAUGAAGAGGGGGAUGCAGCACUGCACUAUGCAGCUUUUGGAAACCAAGCUGAGGUUGCCCGUGUGCUUAUUGGUAAAGGAGCCAGCACAGACUUGUUGAACAAUGCGAAGUGCACGGCAUUGUAUGUUGCCGUUAGUCAAGGAUUCACAGAGGUGGUGCGAGCCCUCUGUGAGCUCAACUGUGAUGUCAACCUCCCAGAUUCUCAGGGAGACACCCCCCUGCAUUAUGCUAUCACUGCUGAUUACAAGGUCAUCAUUGAGAUCCUCACUGAAGUACCCAACAUUGACUUCACUGUCCAGAAUUGUCAAGGCUUCAACCUGCUCCACUAUUCUGCUCUAAAAGGCAACAAACCAGCCGUAAAGAAGAUUCUAGCAAGAGCUCGACAGUUGGUUGACUCCAAAAAGGAAGAUGGUUUCACUGCCUUGCAUCUUGCUGCUCUCAAUAAUCACAAAGAAGUGGCUGAAAUUCUCAUCAAAGAGGGUCGCUGUGAUGUCAACCUCAAAAACAACCGGAACCAGACUCCACUGCACUUGGCUGUCAUCCAGGGACAUGUCGAGAUGGUGCAACUGCUGGUCAGUGAAGGCAGUGAUGUCAAUGCUGAGGAUGAGGAUGGAGACACAGCCAUGCACAUUGCUUUGGAACGACAGCAGCUAAUGUCAAUCAUGAUGGAGAAGCGUGAAGGGGACAUGGGAUUGUCCCUCCUUUCCAAGCUGCAGGCUUCUGGCUUUCUUGGAAACAUGGAGCUGAAUUUUGGAACUGCAAUUGCAUGUUAUUUAGCACAAGAAGGAGCAGAUAUUAAUUAUGCCAACCAUCGUGGAAAGUCUCCUUUAGAUCUCAUUACAGAUGGAAGGAUUGUCCAGAUCAUCAAAGACUUCUCACAGAAAUUCAGGGAACAGCAGGCUUCUUCAGAUAGUUCAACCAUUGUAUGCAGCCUCCGCCGUGUGCACACCACCCCCAACACGAUGACCAACCUUAGUGUCUCGAGUGUGGCAGCCCCCACAGAAUGCCUUGUCUGUUCAGAACUAGCAUUGCUCAUCCAUUUCUUCCCAUGCCAGCACAGUAUUGUGUGUGAAGAAUGCUCCAGGAGAAUGAAGAAGUGCAUCAAAUGUCAAGUAACAAUAACCAAAAAACUCAAACAAGACAACACCGAGGUGGAGUGCAGCCCAACCUCUGAAUCCACAGAUCAGAGGAGGCUCAUGGAGGAGCUGCAGAACCGCUACCGGCAGAUGGAAGAGCGCAUCACCUGCCCGAUCUGCAUUGACGACCAAAUCAAACUGGUCUUCCAGUGUGGACAUGGCUCAUGCCCAGACUGCAGCACAGCCCUGACAGUGUGUCCUAUCUGUCGGCAGGCUAUCCGGGAGAGGAUUCAGAUCUUUGUCUAAGGAUAUGCUUGCUUCACUUCCCGUUCCCACCUCCCUCCUUUACUUCCUUUUUGUUUGCAUUUUAGAUGAGAAGCACUGGUCUAUCUGUUGUUUGGUUAUAUGCAAAGCCAUCCUCAAAGGGGAAGAAGCAAAUAACCAAUGUGACUUGGAUAGAAGCAGAGGGAGCCCCCUCCAGUCUCAAUAUUAUACAAUUAUAUGUACAAGCAGUGGUGCUUAAGGGCAGCCAGCCACUCUCUCUGUUACUGAUGCAUCAGAAAGAUAUGAAGUAAAGGACACUGGCCUCUUGUGCUGAAGGCAGAAGAGGCUUUCAGACCAGAGGCAACUAGACUUUCAUGCGCAGAUGUUUUCAAGGGCAUCCAGCUCCAGUGACUGUAUCCUGUCAUCCCUGCAGUGUCAGAGCCUUGCGUUACUCUGAAAUAAGAUGCUGUAGGAUGAUAUACCUCACACCUUUGUGAGCAAUGGCAAAGCAAUACUCUUGCACUUCACAUGAGGAGGUAUCAGAGGAGAGCAGUCACAGCCUUCUGUCCUUCGAGGAGCCUGUUGUUGAUAGAAAGGUAGUGUCCUAAGAUGAUGUAUUCUCUCAACUAGUCCUCAUGGUCUCAACAAGAUCUCGGACUGACAGAGGCAAAUCUGAAUGUGAUGAGAUCCUAGAGACAGAGUGUGUGCCUUAGAAAUAAAGUAGUGAGCAGUGAUUGGAGAAAAUAUGUUGUUGCAAGAAGCACUUCUAAGUGACAUUCUUCUUUCCACACUCCCCCAGCUACAUGUUCAGAGACUACUGAGCUUUCUAUCCAUGAUGCCAAAGGGAGGUGUUAAAAACUCCAAUCAAAGUGUAAAAAAAAUAAAUAGUAAUAAUUAAGAAAUGAGGAAGAGGGGUUUCAUUUUUUGUUUCAUUGUUUUGCAGCAAACUUAAUAAAAUAAAGUUUAUAUUUUCCUGAGCAUUAAAA